CCACCCUAUCCCGGCAGCAGCUAAACCCAGGAAGAAGGAAACGUCCGUGCUCCGGUUUGGCGCGGGCACGCACACAUGCACACAGACACACAAGACCGAAAAAAAAAAAAACGCCGAACCCCUCGGGCUCCUCCCGCCCCCUUCUCGGGCAUGCUCAGUGAGUAGGGCAGGGUGUGAGGUUUGGAUUUUUUUUUUCCUUUUUGGUGGCAAGUAGGGAGCGGGCGCUCAGCAGCCGGCACAACUCCGCCUCCUCCUCCGCCGCCGCUGCCGCCGCCGCUCCUCGCCUCGUUCUGCACCGCUCGCUUCACCGGCCCAGCCCCUGCCCUACAACCCGCACCCAUUCCGGCGGCGGCGCCUUCUCUUCGGAGAUCCUUCUGGGCUGCGGGAGAGGAGAGGAGCCCGCGGGAGGGAGGACCGCGCCCGCGCCUACAGCCCGCGUCUUCCUCGGAGCCAUGGAUAAUCUCAGUGAUGCCUUGAAGAAACUGAAGAUCACAGCCAUUGACAUCUCUGAGGAUAGUUUGGAAGGAUGCUUGGACUGCCUGCUUCAAGCCCUGGCUCAAAACAAUAUGGAGACAAGCGAAAAACUCCAAGGAAGUGGGAUCCUUCAGUUGUUUGCUAGUCUGUUGACACCACAUUCACCUUGCACAGCCAAAGUAGCAAACAUCAUAGCAGAAGUAGCCAAAAAUGAGUUUAUGCGGCUCCCAUGUGUGGAUGCUGGCUUGAUUCCCCCAUUGGUGCAGCUGCUGAACUGCAAGGACCAGGAAGUACUACUUCAGACGGGCAGAGCCCUUGGGAACAUAUGCUACGAUAGCCAUGAGGGCAGCAGUGCAGUUGAGCAUGCAGGUGGUGCCCAAAUUGUAGUUGACCAUCUAAGGUCACUGAGCAGUAGCACAGACCCCGCCAAUGAGAAGCUCUUGACUGUCUUUUGUGGCAUGCUGAUGAACUAUAGCAAUGAGAAUGAUUCCCUGCAGGCUCAGCUUAUCAAUAUGGGUGUUAUUCCUACGUUAGUGAAAUUAUUAGGCAUCCACUGCCAAAAUUCAGCUCUUACAGAGAUGUGCCUUGUUGCGUUUGGCAAUUUAGCAGAACUUGAGUCGAGUAAAGAACAGUUUGCAUAUACAAAUGUUGCAGAAGAGUUGGUAAAACUCUUCAAGAAGCAGAUGGAACAUGAUAAAAAGGAGAUGAUUUUUGAAGUUUUGGCUCCUCUGGCAGAAAAUGAUGCGAUUAAGCUGCAGCUGGUGGAUGCAGGCCUUGUCGAGUGCCUGCUAGAGAUCGUGCAGCAGACUGUGGACAGCGAGCGAGAAGAAGAUAUGGCUGAGCUCAAGACAGCCUCGGACCUGAUGGUCCUGCUCCUGCUGGGAGACGAGUCCAUGCAAAAGCUGUUCGAAGGAGGGAAAGGCAGCGUGUUCCAGCGGGUCCUCUCCUGGAUCCCUUCCAACAACCACCAACUGCAGCUUGCCGGCGCCUUGGCCAUCGCCAAUUUUGCCCGCAAUGAUGGAAAUUGCAUCCAUAUGGUAGACAACGGAAUCGUGCAAAAACUCAUGGACCUUUUAGACAGGCACGUGGAAGAUGGGAACGUGACCGUUCAGCACGCCGCCCUGAGUGCCCUCCGGAACCUGGCCAUUCCAGUUGUAAAUAAAGCAAAGAUGCUGUCAGCAGGCGUUGCAGAAGCAGUACUGAAAUUCCUCAAAUCUGAGAUGCCUCCUGUGCAGUUCAAACUCCUGGGAACAUUAAGAAUGUUAAUAGAUGCACAAGUAGAAGCUGCUGAACAGUUGGGAAAGAAUGUCAAACUAGUCCAGCGCUUGGUGGAGUGGUGUGAGGCCAAAGAUCAUGCCGGCGUCAUGGGGGAGUCAAACAGACUCCUGUCUGCCCUCAUACGACACAGCAAAUCAAAAGAUGUAAUUAAAACCAUUGUGGAGAAUGGUGGUGUAAAGCAUCUAGUAACCAUGGCAACUAGUGAACAUGUAAUAAUGCAGAAUGAAGCCCUUGUUGCAUUGGCACUAAUAGCUGCUUUAGAAUUAGUCACUGCUGAGAAGGAUCUAGAAAAUGCAAAACUUGUACCCAUCCUACACAGACUGUUAGCAGAUGAUAGAAGUGCUCCUGAAAUCAAAUAUAACUCCAUGGUCUUGAUCUGUGCUCUCGUGGGAUCUGAGCCUCUCCACAAGGAGGUGCGCAGCCUGGCGGUCCUGGAGGUCGUGUCGAGGCUCCGCAGCCACGAGAAUAAGACGGUGGCGCAGCAGGCCUCCCUCACGGAGCAGAGGCUGGCCGUGAACAGCUGAGAGCGGCGCCCCCUGCCGCGCAGCCCAAGUCCUUCACCUUCGUCCUGUGUCUGGCUGCAGCUCCUGCGCGUCCUCUGCCGUAUCACUCGUGCAUGCGUGUCACGUUCCCGCCCCAAGGAAGAACCGCCUUAGCUCCCUGCCCAGCGAGGCCUCUUCGCCCUAGUCGGUGUGAACGCGGGCCGCCCACGGCCCAGGCUCCGCCCAUCACCGUUCUACUCGUGUUCUCUUCGUGGCUUCGAGUCCCAUCAGUAGAAUGUGCAUGUUGUAACCCCGAAAACCGUAAAUGUCCAUGGCCGCCCCGCCCCCAUCACCGCAUCCCGGCUUACGAUCAAGUAGAGCCAUCCCGUACACAGCAAGAUCUGGCUAGUGCGUGGAGGUAGGAUGACGUCGUAGAAGUGAUCAUCAUUCUAAUAAUAAUAGCUCCAUUUUUGGUGCUGCCGAAGCACAAUGAUAACAGAGAUGUGUUGCUGCUCGUUCACUGGUCUUGCCUAUUAAUGUCCGAGUCACGGUACCUAGAGCUAACCAAUAAAAUCCCGUGCUCUA